AUUAAACACAAAAUACAUUCAUUAGAAUAAUGAUAAUUAGAUUUUCCAAAUCCAAGAAAAGCUGAAAGAGGACAACAACAAAAAAAAAGUAAACGAAACAGAGUGAAGGCAUAAGUAAGAGAAUCUGCUUAAGCUAUAAGCAAAUCAAAAAGCAUUUAUCAUCCAUUCAUUCACCUGGAGAUAUAAAGCAACCUUCUCUUUUUCUAAGUGGCUCAAGUUAAAUUUCUCUUUUGUGUUUCUUCGUCUUCUUCAUACAAAGUCAAGAAUCAAAACCAAGUGAGAUUUAAUCUUUAAAGGUCUUAAGAAGAUUUCAGAUUCAAUCAAACCAUGGUUGGUAUAUUUUCAAGAUUCUCUGUUGGUAGAAGCACUCAUCGACGAACACAAAGUGCAAUCGAUGAUAAGGAAGUAUUGGCUCCAAAUUCUGAUGUUAUUGCAGCAACCACCACAACUGCAACUACUGCUACUCAUGGGAUUGAAGUAGCUACAGAGUUUAAACCGGUGGAACAUCCGGUCGAGCCGUUAGACAACGAUCUACCGAUUCAGUGUCCAUUACCUGAACCAUCCAUUCUAAAUGAUGGGAGAAUCUGGAAGGAGAGAGUAUCAGCGUCUAUGAGGAGAAAAGGUGAUUUGCAGAUUGUGAAAGAUGAGGCUGCUUCUGAGUCUGAUGGCUCAGCACCGAAACCGCCUCGCCCGCCUCAGCCAAAUCGUUCGAUCUUGCCAUCACUUAGUGCCCCUGAACACAACUUGCUAAAUCUACUAGAAGAAUGCAAUGCGAUGCCACCGGUAACAUCUAAGAAUGGAUGAACAAAGUUGCUUAAACUCGAUAUUUAUCACACCGAUACAAGAUUGUUCCUUACAACCACUCUCGAAUCUUUGUUUUUCGUUGUUUACGAUUUUUACUUAUGUGUGUGCCAGAACAAAACCAAAUCAUAGUGUAUGUUAUAUAGAUUAUACAGGCAACUAAAAUUCAUUAAGCUUCUGCUCUAUGUACCUCAACAACACCAAUAUUCUACAAUGGAAGUAAGAGCCAGUUUCGUCUAA